UGACGUUCUUGUCGAAUACCCUCUGGUAGUAGUUGCUACUCACCAACAAGGGAGCGAGAGGGGAGAGAGAGAGUAGGAAGCGAUGGUGUCGUUGAAGCUGCAGAAGCGGCUUGCCUCGAGCGUGCUCAAGUGUGGCAAGGGAAAGGUCUGGCUAGACCCUAACGAGGUCAGCGAUAUAUCCAUGGCCAACUCCAGACAAAACAUUAGAAAGCUGGUGAAGGAUGGUUUCAUCAUCAAGAAGCCAACCAAGAUCCACUCUCGAUCUCGUGCGCGUAGAAUGAAGGAGGCCAAGAGAAAAGGUCGACACUCAGGAUAUGGUAAGCGAAAGGGCACAAGGGAGGCCAGGCUGCCAACAAAGAUCCUUUGGAUGAGGAGGAUGCGUGUGCUUAGACGCUUGCUUCGCAAGUACAGAGAAAGCAAAAAAAUUGAUAGGCACAUGUAUCAUGACAUGUACAUGAAGGUGAAAGGUAACGUCUUCAAGAACAAGCGUGUGCUAAUGGAGAGUAUCCACAAAUCUAAGGCUGAGAAGGCAAGAGAGAAGACACUGUCAGACCAAUUUGAGGCCAAGCGUGCUAAGAAUAAGGCAAGUAGGGAGAGAAAGUUGGCAAGGAGGGAGGAACGUUUCCAACAGGGACUUGGAGGUGCACCAGCAUCUACACCUCAACAGCCUGAAGUUGCCAAGAAAGCCAAAAAGUGAACUGAAACUCAUCUGUGAUGGACUGAGAAGAUAUGUUACUAGUUUUCUCCAUUGUUGGUUUCCCAAGACACGUGUUUUUAGUUUUAUGGAAAAUUCUAUAUUUAUGGACAUGCCAAUUUUUGGAACUGGAGCUAGUUGUAUGUUAUAUGAUACAUCUUUUUCUGAAUUAUUGAUGCAAUUACCAAUGAACAUUCAGAGUUUAGAAUCCUGUAGAGCGGUUGAAAGACUUCAUGUAUCCUCUACUCAAAAAGUUUGUGUUGGAGCUGCUGCUGCUGCUGAAAAAUAAGUGCGCAACCCUUAUAUCAUGAGUAUUCUUCGGUACUCGAAUGGCUGAGUCUGUUCUUUGUGCCUUAUUAUUGGAUAUGCAACCUUGUGGCUUUUGAGAAUUAUAGUUAUUGCUUGUUUUAUUA